AUGUCAGCUUCGCCUACGUCACUUGGCUCUUCCGAAGUGGCUGCUGAUCAGCCCAAGGAUACCAGCGCGUCGCAUGAACCCCUGUCCGACUCUCAACCGAAGUCUCAAGAUGCAAAUCAUGGCGAUCCUAUACCAUCCGAAUCUCCUGAGCAAAGAAGCAGCGCUGCAUCCGAAUCAUCUAUAGCAUCGCCUCAAUCGCGAGAAUCUGGCGAGGCUUCACCUGUCGCUGAGGAAAGCUCUCCUCCCUUGCCAAACGAACCGCUUCCCGCGACCGAAGAUGAUGGCUGGGACUUCCAUUGGGAUGCAACAAGUCAGGCCUAUUUCUUUUACAAUCGAUUCACCCACGAAACCACCUGGGAAAACCCUCGGCUAGCCAAUAAAGGCGCGACCGCGGACUCGACGCCGCAGGUACAGGAAAGCGCGUCUAGCGCUGUCGCUCCUGAACCGCCAAAAAACGAACAGCCACCAGCUGGAGGCUAUAAUCCGGCGAUUCACGGCGACUACGAUCCGAACGCCUGGUACGCCAAGCAAGGCGCGGAGAAUGCUUCGGAACAGGAUCCAUCACUAGACGCGUCGGCUGCCUACGCGGCUAUGGGUACAUUCAACCGCUUCACCGGGCGCUGGCAAGGCGAUGACCAGAAUCCCGACAACCACAACGAUGAAGCCAAGUCUCGUCGGCAAAUGAACGCGUUCUUUGACGUUGACGCGGCUGCGAACUCGCACGACGGACGGAGUCUAAAAGCGGAGCGGUCCGGCAAGAAGCCGACUAAGGCUGAGCUCAAGCAGUUCAAAGAAAAGCGCCGCGCGAGGAAAGAAGAGAAGCGACGCGCGUGGCUAAGAGACUAG